CACAAAGCAAAAUCCGUAAAAAUACUAUGAAAAUGAAAUAAGCAAAAUGAAGAUGAGUCUGCUGCACGCGUUGGCGGCGCUGCUGACUGUGCUGAUGCUGGUGGUGCGGCAGCGGCACGCGCUGGCGGCUGUCUGCUCUAACAGCAUAAAGCCGAGGAAACUGAAACUGGAAACACAAUUACAAAGCAAGUAUUGCGACAAGCCAUCGAUCAGAUCGUGCAAGCUGAUGCAUUGCGCCCACAGAGAAAAUUGCGCCCAGCAGACUUCGUUCUUCCAGAGACCCAAAUACAAGAGAGACCCAGAAAUAAACAUAGACAACGAACAAAUCGGACAUCGUCCUUGUGAAGAUUAAGCUAAUAAUACCCGCAAAAUAAAUUGUAACAUGUAAAAGCACAAUAAAUAUGUAG